AUGCCAAAUUUAUUUUGUAAUAUUGUACAUAAUUAUGUCUUAUUUUCGGUUAUUUAUGUUGUUGUCCAUGGCAUUCCUAUGCCACCAACUAUAACCAGUGAACCUGAUCCUGAAGUUAUAUUUGAUCCCCGUGUUAAUAUUGAAUUAAUAUGUCAAGGAAAAGGAAGUCCAGCUCCUGUUUAUACUUGGACAAAAGAUGGACGAUUUUAUGAGCCAAGUGCUCAAAAUAACCGUGUAGCUAUGGCAAGUGAUAGUGGAACAUUGAUAUUUACACAAGCACAAUCUAUUGAUCAAGGAUGGUAUCAAUGCAAUGCGACCAAUCAAUAUGGAACAGCUGUAUCAAAGAAAGUCAGAGUCAGAUUAGCAGAAUUGGGCGGUUUUCCAAUAACGGGCGAUAGACCAAAUAUAAUAACUGUUGAACGUGGUAGAUCUGCUAUAUUACCGUGCCAACCACCCACAGGUGUUCCAGAUCCUGAAACCUAUUGGACAGAUAAUUCAAAUGUUGGUGAUCAAUUUGGUUUCAUUGUGUCAAAUGCAAGAAUACAACAAGAUUAUUAUGGUCGUCUCUAUUUUUUAAAUGUCCUAGAUGAAGAUGAACAACGUCAAUAUAUCUGUAAUGUAUUUAGUAAAAAAUUAAAUGUUAUUCGACGUGGUCAAUUAACACAGAUAAAAGUCAUUAAAACAGAUGCAUCUCUUUGGAAACCAAAACGUUUAUGGUCAUCGGAAGCAAAUAAAGUAUUUCUAAGAGGAUACAAAAUGACAUUAAAAUGUAUUUUUGGUGGUUUACCAACACCUCAAGUAAUUUGGCGAAAAUUAAAUGCUACUGGAUCAGGAUUUUCUGAUCGACGUUCAUCGUUAACAAUGGAAAAACUAGAAUUAACAAUCAGUGAUUUGACAUUUGAAGAUGCCGGUGUAUAUGAAUGUCGAGGAGUAAAUGAACUUGGCGCUGAAGUAUUUAGUAUUAAUGUUCGUAUUGAAUCUCAACCAUAUUGGAAAGUAAAACCAAAAGAUGUUCAUGUUACAGAAGGUGAAACGGUUGAGUUUGUGUGUGAUGCUGAAGCUAAACCACCACCAGGACCUGUUCAAUGGUUUCGAAAUGGUGUACCAUUAUUAGAUCCAACUGUGUUACGUAAUCCUCGACGUAAAGUAAUUAAAAAUCGUCUAGUAAUACAAAAUGUCACCAAAUUAGAUACAGCAGUUUAUCAGUGCAACGUGACUAAUAUUCAUGGUUACCAAUUUGCAAAUUUUUUUGUCAAUGUUAUUUCUGAACCACCAGAAAUUCAAAAAGGGCCACAACCAUUGCUACGUGUUGUUGAAGGAGCCGAUGUCACAUUAGAGUGUGAAACAUUUGGAGCACCUACACCCAAAGUCUAUUGGUACAAACGAGAUCAAGUUAUUACAGGAGGAAGGUAUGCUAUACUUGAAGAUGGUAGUUUAUUGAUUCGAGAAGCAUCCGCCAGUGACAGUGGUAUUUAUACGUGCAAUGCUACAAACAAAUACGGUUUUGACAGUAGCAGUGGAACAUUAAAUGUGAAACGAAAAACUCGUAUACAAACCAGUCCGGGUAGUCAAGAGGUUAGAAGGGGUUAUUAUGCGAUAUUUCGUUGUACGGCUAUAGCUGAUGCUAGUUUAACCUACGAUAUUGAUUGGUACAAAGAUGGAAGGUUAUUAGCUUAUACCGGUCGAUUUAUUAAGGAUACCGCUGAUCAAAAUACGUUAAAAAUUGUUGAUGUUCAAUUUGAUGAUGGUGGCUCCUAUAUCUGUCGUGCAAGUACAGAACUGGAUUCCGAUGAUGCUAGUGCAACACUUGUCGUUCAAGACAGGCCAAACAGACCGAGAAUAACAAGGGUGAAUUGCAGUGGAACAACACAAAAUAGUUUUGGUCAACCAUUUGCAAUUGUUAAUUGGGAAGCAACUGGUGAUAACAAUGCUCGUAUCCUUUACUAUGAAUUACAAUACAAUACAACAUUUACUCAAAACGAUUGGAUAUCCGUACCAAUUGAACUAAGACGAGAAUCCUACAAUGAAAUUCGAUCAGAAGAUGGUUCAAUUAAACUGGAGCCGAAAAUCUCAAUAAUUCGGACUACUCAUCUUCCAUCAAAUCAAAAUGAUAUUCGUGUUAGUUUGUCGUGUUGGGCUAAUUAUACGUUUCGUGUUAUUGCUUACAAUCGAGUUGGUACGAGUGAUCCAAGUCCAAUAAGUGAGGCAAUGUGUACAACAACAACAUGUCGACCACAACGAAAUCCAAUCGGUGUUAAAGCUUAUACAACUCAAUUUUCAUUUUUGACUAUUGAAUGGGAUGCAAUGCCUGAAAUAAAAUGGAACUCACCAAAAUUUUGGUAUGAAGUUGGUUGGAGGCGAUUAGAUCAACAACCGUUAGGUCCAUUUAUAACGUUAAGAAUUAAUCCUCCACAACAUAUCUUAGUUGUACCAGAUGUUGUUCGCAAUGUUCGAUAUCAAUAUUAUGUUAAAGCCUACAAUCAACAACCUGGAGAAACCAAUGGUGGUGAUGCAAAUGAACCCGUCACUUAUUAUACGGCAUUUUCUGGAGAUUCUGCACCAUCAUACAUUCCAAGAAAUUUUCGUGUUAUAAAAGUAUUUGACGAAACAACAGUUCAGUUUGCAUGGGAUCCACCAAUACUAAUAGAUGAAUCGAAUAUUCGUGGCAUUCUCAAAGGAUAUCAGAUCGAAGUGUUUCGGUUGGAUGAUCCCGAUAAUUCUUUACGUGUUAUUAAAAAUAUUCCAGCAAAUUCAACAUUGGCCACCAUAUUUAAUGCACCGCCAAAUGCAGAUGUUUUAGCAAGAAUUAGAAUUGAAACAGAUCGAUAUCUUGGACCAACGAGUCCAACAGUGCAAUUUCCAACACCCGAAGGACGACCGGGUCCCGUAACAAAUUUAAGAGCAGUGCCUUAUAGUGGCAAUGGAAUUUAUUUAUUUUGGGAUGCACCAGAUGAACCAAAUGGACAUAUUGAAGGUUAUCAAAUUGAUUAUAAAACAAUUGAAAGUAUUGUCGCUCAACCCGGUGCUGAUUUUCCGUCAAUUGAUAUACGAGAUGAAUUUCGUCGAAAUUAUUUAUUAGGCGGUUUAAAACCGAAUACAAAAUAUCGUAUUCAAUUAAAAGCGCGAACAUCUCGAGGUUUAUCACUAUCUCCAGCUAUAAUUGAAAUAACAACAAAUGAAAGUUUAGUUCCCUCAAAACCCUCAUUUGUUAUAUCGGCUGUUGGCAAUACAUUUUUUAAUAUAUCAUUCAAUCCAGAUAUGAUGGCCGUGCCGGGUAGUGUAUUUUUUGCACGUUACAAAGAAAAUGAUAAAGAUGGUCAAGCAAUAUACAAGAAAACUUAUGAUGUUACAAAUGAGCGUACAAUAAUGGUUUCACCGUUGGAUCCAGGUCGUGAAUAUGUCGUAUUUCUGGUUGCUUCCGAUGGUAUUAGAAGUGAAGUGGAGAGUGAUAGAAAAUAUAUUAGAACAAGAGGAGUGGAUCCCGGUACGAACGUUACAAAAUCAGCAUGGUUUAUUGGUACAAUUGUUUCAAUUGUGGUAUUAAUUAUUAUUUUGGCCGUUGUUUGCGGUGUGAUGAGAAAGAGAGGUGGAAAGUAUUCUGUUCAAGACAAAGAAACGUUACAUGGUCACGAGUACGGUCAAGAUGAUGGAAAAUUUUCAGAAUAUUAUCGAGCACCAAGUGAUGCAUCAAUCAAAAAGAGUACGGCAUCGUUACACGAUGGUCUACAAGAUGAUGAUCGUGACUCAAUGGCCGAAUUUGGUGAUGGUCAAGAUCGACAAUCUCGUUUUGCUGAAGAUGGCUCGUUUAUUGGUCAGUAUGGUCGUGAUGAUAAACGACGAACUUAUCUUGUGAAAUAUGAUGAAUCGAAUGGGGAACAACAACCCUAUUCAACUUCUGUGUAA